AUGGAUAAAUCUAACUGGAUUUUGUAUUUCCUCUUUGCAUCAUUACACUACAUUGUCGCAAUAUCGUUACACAGUAUUGAAGAUGUAGGGAAGCGGAAACAUGGGGAAGACAAUGAACGAACGAUAACUGAUAUCUGGAAAAACGAAACAAUGUACAGGAAUUUCGGAACGAAUCGAAAUUCGGGAAAUGUCGACUCAAUUAAAAGGUAUAGAAGAAGAUUACAAAUGGUAAUAUCUCAACACUUCAGCGAAACUACUGUUACACCAGGUGUGGAUGUUACCUUACAGUGUACAGUCAAUGGCCCCCAUCCGGCGAGAUUUGUUUGGGAAAGGGAUAAAAUUGUGAUAUCUUCUAAUACAGAUUCCAGAUAUACCAUUGGUCAAACUAUGACCGCAGAAGGCGGUGUGACAACACAAUUAAAUAUAUCACACAUAAGGGUUGACGAUGGCGGACUUUAUGCCUGUGUCGCUCACCACGUAGACUCAGUAGUUGCUCACGAAGACCGAAUUAAUAUUUACGGACCACCAUAUAUACGGACGUUACCACCUUUCAAAGUGCAAAGUGGUCAACGGGUAACGGUGCGUUGCCCAUACUAUGGUUACCCAAUAAGAGAAAUAACAUGGGAGUAUAAAGGGAAAGAAAUAGCGAAGGAUGCAACGCAGCCGCAUCGAUUUAAGAGAUUCACCAAUGAAACGGCUCUUAGCGUAGAGAUAUUUGGACGUAAGCCCAAAUUAAGACAGAAACGAGACUUAGCAAGCUUCUCGAGAGACGGCGUGUUGAAUAUCGUGAAAGUCAGCAAAAGCGACAACGGGGCAGCCUACGCUUGUAUAGUGAGAAGUCCCUCUGGUGAAAUGGCGAAAAGGUCGUUUGAGCUUCAAGUGGUGGAAGCUCCGCAAUUAGAAGAAAUUCUACUAGCAUCCGACCUCCAGGAGGGGCAAAUUGUGCAAAUCCACUGCAAUCUUAAAAGUGGUGACUCCCCAGUGUAUUACUCUUGGUUGAAGGAUGGCAAAAAGAUACCAACACAUUUAAAGAUAGUCGAAAGAAGCCUUGAGGUAUUUAGUGUCCUCAUCAUAAAAAAUGUCUCGUUGGACCACUGUGGGACGUAUACUUGUGUGGCCGCUAAUCACGUGGCCAAAGUAAACAAAACUGUUAAUCUGUACAUUAAAGUUGCUCCUAAAUGGAGUGAGGAGCCGCAAAACACCUCUUUACUUCUAGGGAGAAACGGGCAUAUAUCUUGCAGUGCUAAUGGAUAUCCGCAACCACAAACCCAUUGGCUGAAAAAGGAUGUGAUAUCGGACGCCUGGAGACCGGUGUUAGAAGUUGCGGGUGGCGGGGUUCUAAGUUUGUCUAAUGGCUCACUAAUAUUUGAUGCGGUAGCGUUGUCUGACGCUGGCUUGUACACUUGCCACGUGGAAAACGGCGUCGAGCCAGUUACCUUUGAUAUCGUAUCAAGAAACAUGACUGUUAAACUUGGUCAGCAUAUUACAAUUGAGUGUCAGGCAAAGGGUGAUGACCCGAUUAGGAUAAUGUGGACGCGAAAUGGAACACCUGUAAACCCUUUAACCCAGCGGGUUAAGAUAUCCGAGACGAAAUCAGAUGAAGGUCUAACGAAUCUUCUAGAAAUAUUGCAAACGGAAACAACUGAUGGUGCCGUAUAUCAGUGUAGAGCAGGAAACCCUUACGGAGCGGAUGUAUAUACUGUGUUUUUGACAAUAUUAGAACCACCGACGCCACCCUCGGACCUCUCAGUUGAUUCAAUUAAAAGUCGAUCGGUGAAAUUGUCUUGGCGGGAUUCAACUAGGUCGUUGGCACAAUUUUAUAAUUUACAAAUUACUACCAGCCAACGUUUGUCUUGGACUAACGCUAAAACGAUUAACGUCACCAGGUUAGAUGAAAUACGUCACACUGUUGACUUAGGAGACCUACUACCCGCAACAAGCUAUACAGCUAGAGUAGCUGGAGGGAACCAGGCGGACUUGAGCUCUUAUUCUUUACCCGUAAAGUUUACUACUAGUGAGGAGGCGCCAUCCUCUCCACCAUUGGGAGUCCAAAUAGAACAAACAGAUGCCCCGGGAGAGCUCAGAGCAAAAUGGCUCCCGCCGCCCGCAGAUACUCAUAACGGUUUAAUACUUGGCUACCGAUUGCGAGCGAUACCACAAUUAACCGGAGUUAAAGAAAGUCAAGAUGUCAGCGAUAAAAUAAUCAAGACUUCAUCGCUGUAUUCAAAACAGGAGACUAUCAUCACUGGUCUACUGAAAGGUGUGAGAUACGCAGUUUCAAUAGCAGCGUUUAACGGCGCAGGAGCGGGGCCUUUCUCAAUAGCGCUAUUUCAGGAUACAAGAGAAGGAGCCCCGGAAGAAGGUCCUUCGUCAGUAGAGUGUGGUGGUGUGACAUCGACCGCUCUCAGAGUGAGCUGGCAGCCAAUACCCCCUCACAGACAAGCAGGAGCUCUUAUUGGCUACACAGUACUUUAUGCAGCCCAAGCGCGACAAUGGCAGAACGCGACGUCGCUGGUGACGGAGCUGCGCUUGCAAGGAUUGCACAAAUACACAAACUACACCGUGAAAGUAGCGGGCUUCUCCAACUAUGGCACCGGUCCGUUCUCCUUUCCUAUUGUCUGCGCCACCCUGCAGGACGUCCCGGAUGCCCCAGCUGAGAUUAAACUGCUAUCACAGUCCUCAAACACUCUGCUCGUGAGCUGGAAGAAGCCAAGACAGCCCAACGGUAGAAUGCUUCACUAUACCGUAUAUUGUAAACCAGCUGCAAGUAACGACGGGCCACAAAUUCUUCGAGUGGAUGCUGAAGACAGUUUAGACGUUUAUGAGAAGACAAAGACCAUGGAGUUAAAGGCAUUGUUCGAAGGUCGUCAGUAUGACGUGUGGGUUACCGCAAGCACUGCGGUCGGGGAGGGACCUGAAAGUAAACACGUUACAAACACCCCUUCGCAAAGAGUGGUAGCUGGUGUGGCGUCUUUAGGCGGGGAAGUUACAGUAGCAGUACGUAACUCUUUACUGCUGGAGUGCAGGAGUGUCGGAUCCCCUCCGCCGAGGACCGUUUGGUAUCACAACCAAAACAUUAUCACCCAUCAUCCGCGCUUCACGAGAAACAGAGACGAUAGUUUGCUGAUUAAAAGCAUUGAUCAAUCUUUGAGUGGCAACUAUACUUGUUUGGCCAAAAAUCUUUAUGGUUCGGAUUCCGUUGUGUAUUCGGUGAGAGUUCUACCUUUGCCGGACCCACCUAUAUUAAGAACGACCCCUUACAAGGAUUCCAUUGUUGUGGAAUGGGAUGAACUGAAAGCACAUGGAAACGAUUCUUUAGUAUAUGGAAUAAGUUAUAAUUUGACUUGGCGGGAAGGCGAUGGACCGUGGCAAGAGGCGUGGCCCGCAGCCCGGGAGACCCGUCUGCCGGGGGUGCAACAGCAUGCUUUGGCCGGUUUGAAAUGCGGCACUAAAUAUUCUAUACGGGUGACCGCGACCGAUAGCGUUGGGACUUCGGCCCCAGCGCAUGUCGACGUUAUGACAUUGGGAGGCGCGCCGGUGUCGCCACCUACGACCGAUUGGCUUUGGAGUAACGCUACUCACAUAUACAUUCAACUGAGUGGUUGGGAUGAUGGCGGAUGUGACGUAACAAAAUGGGACGUAGAAUACAGGCUGCUCGGUUCCAAUGUAUGGCAAAGGGCCGAAAACAGAGCGCCUAUGGAACUGAAUUUGGGUUGGGGAUUCAUUGAUGGGCAUUAUCAGGCACCGCCCUUGAGGUCCAUACCGGCGUCUUACGCUGUGGGAUCGCUUGCUCCUGGGAACUGGUACCAGCUAAGGGUGUCAGCAGUUAAUGAUGCUGGUACUGCGUCAACAGUUUAUACGUACGCCACGAAAACGUUAGAUGGGGAAGAAAUCGGCCCGCCCUCAGAGCUACUCGAUCUGAACAUGCUCGUGAUAAUAUGUAGUUCCAUUCUUCUAAUAAUUUGCCUUCUCGCUUUCAUCUGCAUACUGAUCAGAAGACACAGGCUGGGCUACUCGUCGCAGUACCGUCAUUCGAUCGCCGAUGAAGUGAAGUCACGGAAUGAAGGCAUCACCGCCCACACCGAACACAAGGAGCGAUACGCGCAGACCCCACGCAUUUACACGUCACCGAUACAUCCCAGAAAGCCUAAUAAAAAUGAAAUGUUCGAAAUAAGCCCGUACGCCGAAUUUGCGCUCGGCUUUCGUACAUUUGAUCAUGUGGAAAAUCAGGACCUCCCAAGCAGACUACCAGGACGACCAAGGUUCGACACCGAAACAAGUUUCCAGACCCGUUCGGAGUCAGACGACAGCGAUAGCACGUCGAAGGCCACAGUUACUGCCAUGCCUCGACGGCACUGUCGCACACCGCACCAUAGA